AUGAAAUCAGUUACAAUCAUACUUUUUGCUUUACUCCUGCACAGAACGCAGUUAGGCUUUGCAUUAAAAGAAAUGAAUCUCAUACCGGAUUUGGAUAAAGUGUCACAUUUAGGUUUCCUGCUCUCCGAGAUUUUGCUUACAGUACGUCUGCACCGUUGUCUCGCUAUCAUAACUGAUGACAACUAUCAUACAACGUAUAAUCAAGACUUCUUUCGAGCGUCAUCACUCUACUGGCCAUAUUUCUAUAUUAAAGUGGCCGAAAGUGAAGAUCUCAUGUCACCUAAUUAUCAAAUGUUACAAGUCGUUAAGCUUAUGAGAUUAUACUAUUGUGACAUCUAUUUGGUAACGUUGCUAAAUGGGCACCAAGCAAAGCGUUUUUUCCAGUUCAUAUAUAAGCACAAAUUCUUCACUGCACAACAGAGCUUUAUAGUGUUACACGAUGAUAGGCUUUUUGUACCAGAUAUGUACCAUAUUUGGAGCAGCGCGAUUUCAACAGUCUUUAUAAAGACAAACAAGAGUGAUUGUUGUUCUUUCCUGAUUUCCACAAUUUCCCCUCCAACAUAUUUGCAAGGAUUGACAGUAACCACCGAUUUUAUCACAUGGAAUAGAAAAACAAGACUAAAAAAUCACCAAUUGUUUUGGGACAAGUGCACUAAUUUGAAUGGAAAACUGGUACCCAUAAUUGUGUCGAAACAUUUACCAAUGACAAUGGCUAAUGCGGACAACAGUAAUUAUAUAGGCCUAGAGGUGGAAAUAAUAAAAACACUCGCAGAAGGGCUUAAUUUUACUCCACUGUUUUAUGCAAAUGAAGAUAAUGGUAGUAACCGUUGGGGACGAAAAUUAAUUAAUGGCAGUUACAAUGGAUUACUUGGAGAAAUGAUGAAAAAUAAAGCACAGUUUGCUAUUGGAGACCUACACAUGUACACGUUUUAUAAUGAUAUAUUGGAUUUUAGUUGGCCCUAUAAUCACGAAUGCCUGACUUUUCUUACACCAGAAUCAUCACAGGAUAACUCAUGGAAAACACUCAUACAACCUUUUAGUGCUGAAAUGUGGACUGGAGUACUGCUUUCAUUGUUACUAGUGGGCUCCAUAUUUUAUGCUAUAUCCUAUAUACACUCCCAUAUGGUUUUAAUGCUUACAUCGACUCAAGUACUUGAAGUGAGGAAAAAACGCAAAAACUCACUGAAAGCUUUGAUGAACUCACACGGCUUACACGAUGUCAACUUCCGAAAAUAUAUAAAUCAUAUGCCCCUGAUUCAACCACAGCAGAAAGAUAUAUUUGAUAAUAUCGCCGAUUGCAUUCUCUUCACAUCUAGUAUGCUAAUGUAUGUAGCCCUUCCGCGAAUGCCCAGAAAUUGGCCACUUAGAGUGCUUACGGGUUGGUAUUGGCUCUAUUGCAUUUUGAUAACAGCGACUUAUAGAGCAAGUUUCACCGCCAUUUUAGCUAAUCCUCCGCCCCGCAUUACUAUCGAUACACUACAGCAAUUAGUUCAGAGCCGCAUCACCGUGGCUGUAGGAGAAAAGGAAAAUGAGCGUUUUUUCAAUGAGGCCUUCGAUGAAGAGGCACAAAAAAUUGCUACUAAAAUGGACGUCAUUGAUAACAUAGAUGGAUUGACGCAACGGAUUGCUAUGGGUGAUUAUGCUUAUUACGAUAACGAAUAUUUUUUAAGGCACAUACGUCUUAUGGGUGGAGACAGGCAAAAUCAAGUGCUUCACAUUAUGGGUGAUUGUAUAGUUCAUCUUCCGGUCGCAAUUGGCAUGACGAAAAAUUCACCAUUCAAACCAAAUGUUGAUAAAUAUUUGAAAAGAUUCAUUGAAUCAGGACUCACCAACAAGUGGUUGAAGGAUAUUACAAAAAAUUUACCAUCAGAAGAAGAAACCCCACAGGAGGCAUUUAUGGAUAUGACUAAGUUUAUUAGUUCUUUCGGUGCGCUUGGAAUCGGUUAUUUAUUCUCUUUCUGUGCCAUUGGUGGUGAGAAACUAUAUUUUAAAUAUAUCGUAGAAAGACAUCCAGCAUACGACGUAUACAAUCCAAGUCUUUACUAUAAAUUUACUCGCAGAUAUCAUUAACAUAUA